AGUAUUCUAGGGAACAUAGGAGUAGUGUGUGUUGUGUUCCCAAGUGUUGAAUGGUCGAAGCGCCAACAGUGUUUCAUUCAUUCGCCGUCAACGAAUGGUUCGCGCGAACGGCGUGCUCGCUCUGGCGCGUGGAAAUUCGCUCACGUUUUCGGUCCCGUAAGCGUCGAGUAACAACCCUCGUUCGCGCAGUACUUUAAAAGAAGUUGUAAAUUGUGCUGCGUGGGAUUGCGCAAGUUGGGAGCCAGCUAGCAUCUACGGCUGACUCACAGAUCCCAGCGCCCCCAUCCAAAAUUGUCCAUUAAGGAGAGCAAGAUGGCGGAGGGCGGUGUGGAAGGUGUCCUAUGUAGAUAUUUUUUAAGUGGCGUGUGCAGGGAUGGGCAGCGGUGCCUCUUUUCGCACGACCGUGCAAAUGGUCGAGUUGACAAUGUGUGCCGCUAUUACCUUAAAGGCGAAUGCAUCUACGGAGCACGAUGCAGGUAUGACCACAUCCGGACCAAACCCCGGACCGACAACGGUGCGUGGUCUGGGAGGCCUAGUCGCGGCACAAACCAAGGCAGCCGGUCACAGUUAAGCACGGCCGAAGGGACAACGCCGGCCUGCUCGUCGUCAGUCAACCGCACUCCACACACAGGGCCGUUGACAGUUCUUAAAAAGAACGGCAAUGAGUCUUCCUUGAGCGGCAAUCCAACUGGCAAGACGGUGCUCUCUUCUAGUUGGGCCGACGCGCCAGAGUUUGUCCCCAAAAGUGGUGUGCCAACUCGAUCAAUGAAGUCGUACGCGUCCAUCGUGCGGCCCGAUGGCAGCAUCGAAAAGGCCCCACCGAGCAAGGAGGCCUCUCUUCCACUCUGCCCAUAUGAGGUGGCGAGCAAUGGCUGCCCAAUGCGCGCCACCUGCACCUACCUGCACGGCGAACUGUGCGACCUGUGCCAGAAGCCCUGCUUGCACCCCUAUAACGAGCAACAGCGAGCACAGCACCGAGAGGAGUGCGUCCAGCGGCACGAGCAGGACAUGGAGCUGUCGUUUGCGAUCCAGCGCAGCGCGGACAAGUGCUGCGGCAUCUGCAUGGACGUGGUGAUGGAGAAGGAACCGCCGUCGGAGCGUCGCUUUGGCAUCCUCGAGAAGUGCAGCCACAUCUUCUGCCUCAACUGCAUCCGCAAGUGGCGUGGCUCCAAACAGUUUGACAGCAAGACCGUCCGGUCUUGUCCUGAAUGCCGAGUUCCGUCGGACUUUGUGACACCAAGCAGCUUCUGGGUGGACAUGGGGGAGGAGAAGGACAAGUUAAUAGCAGAUUACAAAUCUGCCAUGAGCGCGAAGCCCUGCCGGUACUUCCAGGAGGGUCGGGGCGAGUGCCCGUUUGCAGGCGCCUGCUUCUACCAGCACAUGUACCCCGACGGAAGAAAAGCGGUCUUGCCACCUCCCCGGCCAAGACGCAGGCAGAACCACAAUGGCGACCUCGAGAUCAUGGAGCGCCUGUACCUGUGGGACUUUCUGGACGUCGCGGACAGUCACAUGUUUGCACCUUUCAACUUGGAAGAUAUGUUCGAGAUCCUCUCCGAGACGGAAGAUUCGGACUCAGACUGGAGCGACAUCGACAUCCUCCUCAACUGAAACUCGUCCCACCCGAACCCUUGGGCCUGUCGACGCAGCAUCUGCAGCUGUGUGCCCAGAUGUUGCCCCCCCCCCCCCCUCCCUCAAAAACCGACCCUCCCGAAAAAGAAUGAAACAAAAGAAAGAGGGGGCAAAUAAGGGAUAAAUGCACAAAACAGGCACUGCAUUACGGCCCUUGUCAUCGCCCGCUUUAUCAAUCCCUGUUGGAGAACCAUCCCUGCAACAAUUCAGGCGUCAUUAUUAUUAUUAUUUUUUGUUAGGGGCGACCGCCAAAUUCGUGUGCAUGCAUGCUUCAUGCAUUGCCCGAAAACCAACUACGCUGUGAUUGUAUGUCUUUUAUUUUUCUUUUGCUCCGUCGCCCCUCAAAUGGGUUGCCAGGCAAAUUUAGACAAGAGAUAUUAUUAUUACUAGUACUACUACUCCAGUCAGUCCGCGGCAAUUGCCCAUAUUCCCACUUAUGCCCUCCCCGUCGUUAAUUUUUUUUCUUGCUCAGAACGAAAAAAAAAAAGCCUGGAUUAAUUUUUUAGGGGGUGCUUCCAAGUUUCCUUGUUGAGUUUGUUUUCAGAAGCUUCUUUCCUCUCUCGCUAAGCAGCAGAGAUCUUGGAUGCCACUCAGUUGUUAGCACCACUUUUCUUUUGGUCAUUCAUCACAGGGCUUGUUUGUUUCUUUUUUUUCUUUCUCGUUUUUUGCAUCAUGUAAAUCAUUAGUGAAGAGAUGUGUGAUUAUUUUUGCUUCCAGUCUCGUCACCCUCCCCCCUUAGCAUUUUCUGCACCAAAGGAUGAAAGUAAAAAAAGUUUAAAGCAAGAGAUAUUAGCAGCUUACUAGAGUAAGAUAAACUAGAUUUUGUUUUCGAGUGUCAAGGCAAAACACUUCUCUCCCCAGAACGAACAGAUAGGUCAACAGAUGUACAAUAAACAUUUAACUAUGCCUUGUUCCUAUGGCUCCCUUCAUGUAUUCUGUAUGAGUGUGCAGACCCGGCCAUUAUUUUGCUGCACGUCCCUCUUUUUAGCAAGCGUUUUGUGAUUGUUGUUAUCCAGAUCUAUGGCAGACAGUAUUUUCUCGCGUAUAACCCAUUCCUACUUGCAACGAGCACCUGCGACAUUGAACUGCAAAGAAAAAGAAAAUCCGAAUAUGGCUUGGAAUCUAGCUUGUGCACCGAAAUUCGCAUACAACCCACACCCUGACUUUACCUUCCGAACUUUCUAUAGCAUUCGCGUGGGUUAUACACAAGAAAGUACAGCACUUGCCAAACCCCUCUAACCCCCACCCACCUACCCUGACCCUUAUAUCCAUCUUGAAGUACAAUGCAUAGUGUGCCUAUCUUUAAGAGAGUUGUUGCAGUGUUUUACAAUAAGAUGGUCGCUUAUUUAUUGCCAUGUUCCUGGGAGUUUGUUCUCGUGGAUAUUGCAGUGGCUUUGGCUGCAUCCCCAAGAGAUUGCAGCCAAGCCAUGCCAAGGUUAUGUACAUGUUAGAGAAGGAAGAGCUUGUGGGAGGAGUGCGUAGAUUUAUUGAAGUCUUUGGGACUGAGAAAAUAGAGAGUUGCAUUUUGUUCUUUUGAAGGGAGCAAUGGAAUGGCGUGUCGCUGCACACAUUUCUUUUCAGUCAUUGAGUUGUGUGCAUUGCUGCUCUAGAGCUUGCGUGUGAUUUGCGUGAACUGGCGUUGAAUAAAGAUAGAGUCUCUGA